UUACCAUCACCAAACACAUGCUUGCCAUUUAAAUUUUAACUGUCAUUCAUAAGUAUUUUAACCACCGUAAGCUGUAGAUCGGUAUAAUUUUCGUAAAAUAGCUGUAAUCUAACGUGUUUAAUCCUGUUGAUGUGUUAAAUAUUAAAUAUUUUGUGUGCAUAAUAAUCCCAAAAAGCAUGGAUUCAAGUCAGGACUCAACCAUGUUUUACACCCCUGAAAAAACCUCUCCAACAACUUCACAAAAUAACACGUGUUUUAAUGAAAGUUUUCACGAUGUUCAAGAUGGAAACUUGUUCUUUCAACCAACUCUUUUAUUUGAUAUUAGCAAUCGAAUGUCUUUAAUGUUACUUAAAAAUUUAGAUGAAAUUGAUAUUACCAGACAAUCGUUGGGGAUCACACAAGAUUUUAUGGGGCUCCCUAAAGGACCUAUUGAUGCAAGAAGAGAAUCGCUCGAUUUUUGUCGCGAAUCUUUAGGAAUUUUACCCCCUAGUGUUAUCGAUAACGAAUUUAAUGAUUCAUUUUUAUCAAUUAAUGUUAAUAAUAUUUUAAAUAAAAGGGUGGUACCUACAGAGGGUCAAAGUAUUUUACAAAACGUGGAUAAAAGUAAUUAUAUUGAGGUAUUACCUCCAACAGUAAUAUUGAAAGAAAAUGAAAUAGAAUUUAAUGAGAGUAAUAAAAAUUUGAAUGAUGCUGUGAUUACAUGUGAAGAGGAAUGGAAUGGUGUUGAAGAGGAUGAUAAAAAAUAUGAUGAUUUGGUGUUUAUGGAAGCGACACUUUUGGCUGAAAAAAUUAAAGAUACUUCUUUUUCUAGUGAAGAAAGUGUAAUUUGUUGUUUAGAGUCUAUAAGUCCACCGGAUUGGGAAAUAGAAAAUUAUGAAGAAAUAUGUGAUUUAAAGGAAUCUCAAAAAGAUGAUUCUCCAAUAAAAUGCAAUGCAUCUAAUUUAAGUAAUGAAUUAAUUCCGAAUAAAACAAAACCAUCAGAAUCUUAUGAAAAUGUGUCAAAAAUUCAUCACAAAUCAUAUUCAAGUCAAAUUUCAUGCACAAGUAACGUUUCUUCACAAGAUGCUAAAGAAGUUUUAGAAAAUUUAUCUGAUAUUCUUUCAAACGCAAACCUAAGCAAUGAUCAAAAAUCAGAAAGUCAAGAUCUUCUUGAUAUUUUAGCAGUAAUGUUGGGUACUAGUAGAACUUCAUCCAAAAAAGAAUCAUCAGAUGAUUCUGGGCACUCUUCAAUUGAAAACAAUCAAGCAAAUCAGACUGAAAUUAUAAAAGAAAAUACUGAUAUGGUUAAAAAAGAUGAAAAUAAAGUUAAAAUCAACAAAGCAGAAAUCAAUAAAGUUGAAGAUAAAAACAUACCUAUAGAUCUUUCUGUAACAGGAAGUAAAAGACCAUUACAUAAAAGAUUAGAACCUCCUGGACCUGCAAAGGUAUCACCAAUUCCUAAAGUUCUUAAAAAUUGUAGAAUUAAUAUUGCAAGUACAUUAAAAUCUUUUAAUGUUAAAUUAAAUCCUAAAAAAAAUGAAGAAAGAAAAAAAGGACCAUUAAAAGCUAUUUUACCAUUAGGAAAUAUGGCUAAAGUUUUGAGUAAACAAAAUAAUACUCCCAUAGCUUUGGGGUCUUCGCAUGGAAAUAAAAGUACUAGAACAAGCAAAAACGAUUCAAAUAUAGCUCCAGUAGCUCAAUCAACGCCAGAACAAACAAUUCAAAAUAGUCCAUCACAAUUACUAAAACGCAAGUUUUCUUGUCCUGUCUCUCCAUUAGCAAGACCAAAUUCUUCUAGAUUAGCAAGUUCUAAAGUGCCAAAACCUACAAUGUCCAGAACGAAGUCGUCUAAUGAAAUUACAACUGAAAAUCAAACUUUACACAGAUUACAAAGAAGUUUAAGUGCAACUGGGGUGGCGAAAGAUGUUAAGCCUUCUAUUUCUAAUUUAAGUCUAGACAAAAAACGUUUUAAAAGUCUUGGAAUAUCCAGGUACAGAAAAUCUACUGGAAAAGAGAAUGUGCCGCAAUAGAUUUUCAUUCAAUGGUUUUUUUAAAGAUAUACGUCCAUAUUCAAGUUGUGAUGAUUAAAGUACUUCUAUGAUUAUAAGAUUUUUUUUUUAAAUUGAUUUUAUCUCGAAAUAAACAUUAUUUUUCUAAUU